CUUCUUUCUUCUUCUCUCUCUCUCUCUCUCUCUUCCUUUUCCUCCAUUUUCUUCUUCGUCCGCUGCCUCCUCCUUUCCAUCUUCUUCUCUGUACAAAAAGGACCUCAACCUUUUCGCCUUUCUUAAAUCAUUUCUCUCCCCUCCCUCUCUCCUAGGCCUUUUAUCAAACACCUUUCUUGCGCCCCAUUUCUCUCCUUUUCUGCAGUCGCUUAGAGAGAGAUGGAAAAGGAGAGUCGAGCUCCAGCAGCAUGCAGAUAACCGCCCACAGCAGUACCACCACAAGCACAACACCCAUCUUCUCCACACACAACCUUUCUUAGCUUUUAUUUUGCUCCCCUAUUUUUUCAUUCUUCUCUGCUGGAGGCAAACAAGGAAGCUUGCCUGACAGGAUCUUGUUCGGCUUUAGAGUGAAGGGAGAAGGAUAGAGAAGGAAGCGCUAGGCUGGAGCUUGUUAAUAACUAGGAUACAAAGCCGGGGAAAGGGGUCCUCUCUUCCGGCUUCCCCCAUUCCUUCGCUUGCCCUUCUUUCUCUUUCUUUCUCUCCCAGAAGAACCAAAAAAAAAAAAAAAAAACGAAGGGGGUUUAGUUUUGAAGGGAGAGGAGGUUGGAGACAUUUGGAUUCAAAGUUAUCCUUCUGUCUCCUCUUGCUCUCCACUGUCAUUUCCCCUUUUCCAUUUCCGAGCACUUUUUUCUGUGUUUACGGCAUCUUUCUACCCGUUUCCCUUUGGCUUGGGUUUCUUGGGGGGGUGUCGGAACAAGUGUGGGGGUGUUUGCUGUCAGUUGAAGCCUAGGUGUUUGAUAAAUUGCCUGACUGAAGAAGCGCAUUCACAGAGGAACAGUGAGCAUAGAAUAUAUAUACGCAAAGAUAGAUUAUCAAGUCCGAGAACGAAGAAGAAGGGAAGAGUUCAUGAGUUUUGGAGGGUUCCUUGAGAACAGUAGCCCUGGUGGUGGCGCGAGAAUCGUGGCUGACAUACCGGCCUACGCUACGAACAACACCAUGCCUGCCGGUGCAAUCGUCCAGCCACACCUCCUCUCUCCUAAUUCUUUCUCCAAGUCCAUGUUCAGCUCUCCUGGACUCUCCCUCGCCCUUCAACAACCGAAUAUAGAGGGCGGUCAAGGUGAUAUGGGGAGGAUGAGUGAGAACUACGAGUCAAGCUUGGGGAGGAUGAGAAGCAGAGAAGAGGAGCACGAGAGCAGAUCUGGGAGUGAUAACUUGGAUGGAGGUUCUGGUGAUGACCAGGAUGCUGCUGAACACCCUCCCAAGAAGAAGCGAUACCACCGACACACUCCUCAGCAAAUCCAAGAGCUUGAAUCGCUUUUCAAGGAGUGUCCUCAUCCUGAUGAGAAGCAGAGAUUGGAGCUUAGCAGAAGACUUUCCCUGGAAACCAGGCAGGUCAAGUUCUGGUUUCAAAAUCGUCGAACCCAGAUGAAGACUCAACUGGAACGCCAUGAGAACUCAUUACUCCGGCAAGAAAACGACAAGCUUAGAGCUGAAAAUAUGUCAAUUAGAGAUGCUAUGAGGAACCCAAUGUGCUCCAACUGCGGUGGUCCUGCAAUAAUAGGCGACAUCUCUCUUGAGGAACAGCACCUGAGGAUUGAGAAUGCUAGGCUGAAAGAUGAGCUUGACCGAGUUUGUGCUCUUGCCGGGAAAUUCUUGGGUCGCCCCAUUUCUUCAUUAACAGCUUCAAUGCCGCCCCCUAUGCCAGAUUCAAGUUUGGAGCUUGGAGUUGGGAGCAAUGGGUUCGGUUCAUUGACUACUGUGGCUGCAACAUUACCUGUUGGGCCAACUGAUCAUUUCGGAACUGUUUCUAAUGCUAUGUCUAUAGUUCCUCAAAAUAGAGCGGUGUCCAAUGGAGGAACCGGGCUUGACCGGUCUCUGGAAAGAUCUAUGCUCUUAGAACUUGCUUUGACUGCCAUGGAUGAGUUGGUUAAAAUGGCUCAAACUGAUGAGCCUCUUUGGCUCAAGAGUUUGGAUGGCAGUAGGGAAAUGUUGAACCAGGAAGAGUAUAUGAGAACUUUCACUCCGUGUAUCGGCUUGAAACCAAAUGGGUUCGUCUCUGAAGCUUCUAGGGAGACUGGUAUGGUGAUUAUCAACAGUUUGGCGCUUGUCGAGACUCUGAUGGACUCGAAUCGGUGGGCAGAAAUGUUUCCAUGUAUGAUUGCCAGGACCUCCACCACUGACGUCAUAUCCAAUGGGAUGGGGGGAACUAGAAAUGGCUCACUCCAGUUGAUGCACGCUGAGCUCCAAGUUCUCUCUCCUUUAGUCCCGGUUCGUGAGGUGAAUUUCCUACGGUUCUGCAAACAGCACGCAGAAGGGGUGUGGGCUGUUGUUGAUGUUUCCGUGGACACUAUCCGAGAAACUUCGGGUGCGCCGCCGACAUUUCUCAGCUGCAGGAGGCUUCCUUCCGGCUGUGUGGUGCAAGAUAUGCCUAAUGGCUACUCCAAGGUGACGUGGGUGGAACACGCAGAGUACGAUGAAACUCAAACCCACCAGCUGUACCGGCCGCUGAUAGGCUCCGGCAUGGGCUUCGGUGCGCAAAGAUGGGUUGCCACCCUCCAACGCCAAUGCGAGUGUUUAGCAAUUCUCAUGUCUUCUGCAGUGCCCUCAAGAGACCAUACUGCGGCGAUAACUGCGGGCGGGCGGCGGAGCAUGCUGAAGCUGGCGCAAAGGAUGACCGACAACUUCUGCGCCGGGGUGUGCGCUUCGACGGUGCACAAGUGGAACAAGCUGAACGCCGGGAACGUGGACGAGGACGUGCGGGUGAUGACGAGGAAGAGCGUGGACGACCCAGGGGAGCCGCCGGGGAUCGUCCUGAGCGCGGCGACGUCGGUGUGGCUGCCGGUGUCCCCUCAGCGGCUGUUUGACUUCCUCCGCGACGAGCGGCUGCGGAGCGAGUGGGACAUCUUGUCCAACGGCGGGCCCAUGCAGGAGAUGGCCCACAUCGCCAAGGGCCAGGACCACGGCAACUGCGUCUCCCUCCUCCGCGCUAGCGUAAGUGCUUCCAACAAAAACCAGUUUCUCUCUCAGUUCUCUCGUCUCUUCUUUGGUUGAAAUUGAAAAUAAUAACAGAAAUAGAAAUCAGUGUAUUUGAAAGGGUGGGGGGAAAACUGAAAAGGACUUAUCGAGCCCUUGGGUGAAUAAUCCGAUUCAGAUCUUGUCAGAGGAGAGGGGUGGUGUAGGCUUGGAAGUAACCAAGAAGACGGGAUUUAAUUUGGCGGGUUCUGGAAUAGAAAUGGGGACAGACAUAAUAUAGUUUCUUUACGUCAAGUGUUACAAAAGUCAAAAUGGUUAAAAAUAUAGGCUGGGAAAAAGAAAAGAAAAAACGUUUUGUCAGCUUUCUAACUUUUUUUACAGCUUUUUUGUCUCUUAUUUAUCGUUAUAAUAAUUUUGAUUUUUUUGCUGGAAAUUUUUGUGGGUAUGUUUUGGGCAUGCAAUGCAGGCGAUGAACGCGAACCAGAGCAGCAUGCUAAUACUGCAGGAGACGUGCAUCGACGCGGCGGGGUCGCUUGUGGUGUACGCGCCCGUCGACAUUCCAGCGAUGCACGUGGUGAUGAACGGUGGCGAUUCGGCCUACGUGGCCCUCCUCCCGUCUGGGUUUGCCAUCGUUCCCGAUGGCCCAGACGGCGGCGGCGGGUCUCCGUCGGGUGGUGGAGAUGAGAAGGGGGGGCAGAGGGUGAGCGGUUCCCUGCUGACUGUGGCAUUUCAGAUACUGGUGAACAGCCUGCCGACGGCGAAGCUGACGGUGGAGUCGGUGGAGACGGUGAAUAACCUGAUAUCUUGCACCGUCCAGAAGAUCAAGGCGGCACUUCAUUGCGAGAGCUGAUGGGAGAUUUGGGUUUUGUUGUUGGUGGUUGAGGUGGGAGUAACUUUUGCAAGUGGUGGUGGUGGUGGUACGUUACGCGCGGGAUUAUUAAGUGAGUGGGUUUGGGUUUGGGUUUGGGUGGUGGAGUCAAGAACGAACCAACCGCGUUUGGGUAAACUCCUUGCAUGGUGGUAAGGAUUCCAUGAGAAGUUGUGUCCUUAGCACAAGGCAAGGGUGGUGGUUCGGGUAUUGACUCAGGUCUACCCUCGUUAUAAUUAUACUUUUUAAUUAAUUUUGGAAAAUGGAAUAUGCAGCAGACUUGCUGCUGCUAAAGGUUAAGGUUUCCUUGAUUUGUUAAUUGUGAUAGUAGAAUUUGUAGUUAUGCAAGCAAAAAACUAUUAUAAGGUUUCAUCAAUUAACUAUUAUGUAAGGGUAAAUUGGAAGGAUGGUUACUGAGAUUACUAAAAACGUUCAUGUUUGGAC